AUUUGGGAUCCUUCCGUCUAUAGCUGAAAAGUUCUAUUCAUUUUUCAACGGUUUUGGAAUACAAAGGUUGAGGAGUUUCAGAAUUACAAGUCGCAUUACACAUCAAAUAUACUGAUGACUAUGACAAGCAAGACGCCUGGAGAAUGAAUUGGAAGAGGACGCGCUGCCCCCCAGAUGAUGAUGAGGCCCCUUGUACCGCGACCGCAAUGAAGAAAUGUGUAAUUGCCUGUUCGUCUAUCGGUUCUCCGUCAACGUCCUGCUGCUCUCCCUGGCCGCGACUGUCCUCCUUCUUCGCAUACUGAGCUGAUCCGGGAUGGGGUCAGGAGACCCCCUCCUAACCGAUAAAUUUCUGUUUCUUAUUAUCUUUUUUAAAAAAACCUUUACGAAACGCACUAAUAAAUGUUUGUUGAG